AUGAGCCUGACCCUCAACAAUAUUGUUUCUUCUCUGCAGAGAAGUGGAACCUUUAUCAACUCUUUGAUUGCAGUGUUGACUAUUGGUGGACAACAGCUGUUCUCUUCAUUCACUUUCAGAUGUCCCUGUCAAGUUGGAAAAAACUUCUAUUAUGGUUCAGCCUUUCUUGUCAUUCCUGCUUUGAUCCUUCUGAUUGCUGGCUAUGCUCUGAGAAACCAAAUGUGGACGAUUACCAGUGAAUACUGUUGCAGCUGUGUCCCCCGCCGCAGGAACAUCAGUCCCUUGGAGCGCAGCCUGGCUUGCCUUAGGAUAUUCAGCAUCACAGGGGGGGCGCUUGUUGCACCAUUAACAUGGCUGGCGGUGACCCUGCUGAAAGGCAAUUACUAUGAGUGUGCAGCAAGUGAAUUUGCAUCUGUGGACCAUUACCCGGAGUUUCAAAAUGUCACUGCCAGCAAACGAGAAGAGAUCCUAGCUGGCUUUCCAUGUGACAGGUCAACUCCUUCUAAUGUGAUCCUAGUAAGAGAUGAAGUAGCUCUUCAGCACAGGUACCAGUCGCAAAUGCUGGGCUGGAUUUUGAUCACCUUGGCAACCAUUGCUACCGUGGUCUCCUGCUGUCUGGCAAGGUGCUGCUCUCCCCUCACCUCUCUGCAGCUUUACUACUGGACCAACCACCUCCAUAAUGAGAGAGAGCUUUUUGAACAAGCCGCAAAGGAGCACUCCAGUCUUCUCAUUGGGCAGCGCAUAAAGAAACUAUUUGGCUUCUGUCCUGGGAGUGAAGAUGUCAGACACAUUCGUAUUCCUUCAUGUCAGGACUGGAGAGAUAUUUCAGCACCUGGUCUUCUAUGCAUGGGUGACACCUCACAGGGGCACUAUAGCUUUCUUGGAGACAGGGUGGUUGAGGAUAAUGAAGACAAACCAGAAGGCAUUGAAUUAAAACCUUGA